AUGUACGCCGCUUCUUUUCGCGGUCUCGCCGCUGGCGUCGCUUUCAUCGUCACUGCGUCUGCCACAAAGACAUGCAGUCCGAUUGUGGAGUCGCUAAAGCGUAAGAUUGGUGAUCCUACCGCCUCCGUACCGUCUCGAUCCGUCCAAGAAUCGGCUCUGAGUGGAGCCAGCUUGUCAAAUCCGCUCGAUAUUCUCGUCAUAGGCGGUGGAGCCACCGGUUCUGGUGUCGCUCUAGACGCCGCCACCCGUGGCCUCCGUGUUGGUCUCGUCGAACGAGAUGACUUCUCCUCCGGAACCUCUUCUCGAUCAACAAAACUUAUUCAUGGAGGGGUUCGUUACUUGGAGAAAGCUGUAUUCAAUCUUGAUUACGGACAGCUUCGGCUUGUGUUUCACGCCCUCGAGGAGCGUAAACAGCUGAUCGAUAACGCGCCCCAUCUCUGCCACGCACUCCCCUGCAUGACACCUUGUUUCAGCUGGUUCGAAGUUGGCUACUUUUGGAUGGGACUGAAAAUGUACGACUUGGUGGCUGGACCAAGACUCUUGCACCUCUCCAGAUAUUACUCCGCAAAACAGUCUGCUGAGCUCUUCCCAACCCUCGCUAGGAAAGGGAAAGACAAGACUACUUUGACAGGCACUGUUGUGUAUUACGAUGGGCAGAUGAAUGAUUCGCGUGUCAAUGUUGGUUUGGCAUGUACCGCUGCUUUAGCUGGUGCUUCAGUUCUAAACCAUGCAGAGGUUGUGUCUCUUAUUAGGCAUGAUGUUACUCAGAGAGUGAUUGGUGCACGUAUUCGUAACAAUCUCUCAGGCAAAGAGUUUGACACCUACGCGAAGGUGGUUGUUAAUGCGGCUGGACCCUUCUGUGAUUCGGUUAGGAAGAUGGCUGAUGGCAAGUCGAAGCCUAUGAUAUGCCCAAGCAGUGGCGUACACAUUGUGUUGCCAGACUACUAUUCUCCUCAAGGGAUGGGACUGAUAGUCCCCAAGACUAAGGAUGGUCGCGUUGUGUUUAUGUUACCUUGGUUGGGGAAAACAGUAGCAGGCACUACAGACUCUCCCACUUCUAUCACUUCUCUUCCAAAACCUCAUGAAGAUGAGAUUCAAUUCAUACUUGACACACUCACCGGCUAUCUUAACAUCAAUGUUCGACGUACCGAUGUUCUCUCGGCUUGGAGUGGUAUUCGUCCAUUGGCCAUGGACCCAACAGCAAAAAACACAGAAAAUAUGUCAAGAGACCACAUUGUUCUCGAGGAUUGUCCUGGUCUGGUUACAAUUACAGGCGGUAAAUGGACAACGUACCGAAGCAUGGCAGAAGAUGCGGUGAACGCAGCAAUAAAAUCUGGAAAGCUGAAACCUAGCAACGAUUGCGUAACGCAGAAGCUACAGCUUGUGGGUUCUUACGGAUGGGACCCAUCUUCCUUCGCAGCUCUAGCGCAGCAAUACGUGCGCGUGAAGAAAACACACGGUGGUAAAAUGGUUCCGGGGACAAUGGACACAGCUGCUGCAAAGCAUUUGUCACAUGCAUAUGGUUCAAUGGCUGACCGAGUAGCCACCAUUGCUCAGGAAGAGGGUCUUGGGAAGAGGCUAGCACACGGUCAUCCGUUCCUUGAAGCAGAAGUUGCUUACUGUGCAAGAAACGAGUACUGUGAGUCAGCAGUGGAUUUCAUAGCCAGGAGGUGUAGGAUAGCCUUUUUAGAUACAAAUGCAGCGGAGCAGGCUUUGAAACGUGUGGUGGAGAUAUUAGCGAGUGAACACAAGUGGGGCAAGUCGAGGCAGAAGCAGGAGUUGAGGAUGGCCACAGAGUUUCUUCAAACUUUCAAGUCUUCCGAUAAAAUACACUUACUACAACAAGAGGCCUAA